AUGCCUUCAACGUUGACCUUAACGCGACUGGUUUCAGCCUUGUCCGUGAUUUGGGUCAUAAUCCCCGUCACUCUCGCAGGUAUCGCAAAUUGGGACGGCCUGAGAGGUGUACAGAUCAGAGAGAUUAUUGCUCUAGAAGGCGGAUUACUUACAGAUGGCAUCUUCAGCAAUGGCGACUGGGCCGAUACUAAGAUACGAAACGCUGAUAAGGGGCUCUAUCUGAAGAUCAAUCUCACAAAUUCAUUCAACAUCCACAACCAGACUGCAGAUGAGAUCCUGAUUCGAGGGGAACAGGAGAACAGCGAUCCUUCUGCACCAAACUAUAUCAGUGGCGGCAUGUUUCAUAAUGAUUAUCAGUGGUACACAUUCGGUGGCCAGGCGGACAAGGACCCUAUUGGCGUGUCGGUCAAUCAAGGGAUGCUGUUUCCAUCCAAUCCCGCUCAAACCAUCUUUUCACCAAGUGUGAGCCCAGAGAACAACCACAGACCUAUAGGGCCUGUUUCCGAGUACAUCGUGGCUGGUUCAUACGCCAGCUCGCUUUCGAACGAUCGUGCACAAGCAUAUGGCUGGUAUCUGGGCGGUGUAGGUUCAACCGAUAACACUUCACUUCUACUCUACGGUGACCCUCCUACUCAGCCAGCAAAAACUUUCAUUCGUGUUGAUAUGACGGAUCCUGAACAUGCCUCUUUUCAAUACAUGAGAUGGCCUGAUGGACAAUCUAAUCGCGCUCAGGGUGGGUUGGUCUGGCUACCUUAUGGAGAGGCUGGUGUUCUCGUCAGCCUAGGCGGUGCGGAACUGCCAAAAGACCUCUACGAAGGAAGUCCGACGAAUAUGCCACUGUCUAACUCUUUCAUGACGCAAUUGCUCAUUUACGAUAUAGCUCGUGACACCUGGUACGAGCAGUCCACCCUGGAGGCCAGUUCAGGUCCACCUCAGCUCGCCAAAUUCUGCACUGCAGUCGUGCCAACCAAAGACGGAAGAUCUCACGAGAUUUUUGUGUAUGGCGGCUACGAUGGCACAAGCGGUAAGACGGGCACUAGUGACGACGUGUGGGUUUUGUCUGUACCAGCCUUUCAAUGGACUUUGAUGAGACCAACCGGUAGGGGUGAGACCCAUGGUCGUUAUGGCAGCCUCUGUUUCUCACCUAAUCCGACAACAAUGAUCACUGUUGGCGGCUCUAUUUAUCAAAAAAGUGCUCUUCUAGAGGACAGCAUCAUCGACGUUCUGGACUUGACAAGCUUUGUUUGGACUGGCGAGUAUAAUGCCUCAGCGAAUGACAGUUUCACGGCACCUGCUACGAUCGUCGAGCAACUACGAUGGCCAAGCUCUGAUGGGCCAGGCAACGUUCCUGUGGACAAUCUCAAUGGCUCCGGCCUCAACGACCUGUUCUCAACACGUUAUGUCAAUGUCCUGCCGCUAUACUACCCUUACAAUACCACGACAGUCCGCGAAGACAAAGACUCGGAGAAGUGGAAAAUCCCAGUCAUUGCGACAUUGUGUUCUGUAAUUCCGGUCCUCCUAAUCUUCGCCCUUGCUCUCUGCUGUGUUCGCAGACGUCGCAGAAAUAAGGAAGGUGUCGAACGAACACAACAAAACCGCCGCAACAUAUUUUCGUGGCUCGGAAAACCAUCACACAUCGACCCCAAAACAGAAAAGUCAGAUGGUUCAGGAGACACAGCUGUUGAGCGUCGUUCUGACUACUUCACUCAACCAGGUUACAAAGGCGCACACGAUGAGAUCUACGAAGCUCCGAGCAAUGUCACCUCACCUGGUUGGGGUUAUGGACAUACUUCACCUGGGCUUACGAGUGUCACUGCGAUCUCGUCGAAUGGACGGCACGAGAUGAUGGACAAUUCGCGUAGGGACCAUAUGUCUAUUCGCGAUCAUCCAUACUACCCAAGGAGCAUCGCAGGUGCGCACAUCAGAGACGUGCAGAGUGAAGGUUCUUCACAUCCUGCUGAGCUGGCGUCUUCGUCAGGCUAUACAUCAGUGUCUGAGAUGCGACACGAUCGCAGCAAUGAGAAUCUACCAUCCCCGCCUGCUGAUCUGGACCUCUCUCAGCAAGGACGGGACAUGCAUGUCACUCCCACAGGCAUGGCACCGGGCUCAGCUAUUCCUCGCAAGCCUGUCAGUGAGCGCAGGAUCUCGUCUCCAGACCCAUCCUCAAUGACUCCUAGGCCUGGCCAUCGUCGCAACCCUUCAAGCAUUAGCAGCGAUAUACCUGGUCUACCUUCACCUGAACCGAAAGAGGAUGCCCGACGAUCAAGGCAGAUCGAGGCGCUACCAGAUUUGCCGGGAGCAUCAGCAGAGCGAACGUCACUUACGGACAAUGGACGGGUUAGUGUCUAUCGGGAGGUUCUGGAAGACACAGGCAGGCGUUGA